AAAAAUUUGAACUGUAUUUGAUAUUGACAAUUUAAAUAAUUUUGAACGUUUCAACCGUUUAAUUUGUAAGUGAAUAGAUAAAAAAAUAAUUAUUUUUUUGUUAAUGUUACUCAAAUAAAUGAGUAUUAGUGGAACUUGUUCGUGUUUAUGUUUUUCUUUUUAAGUUUUGAAAACUACACGACAAAACUUGUGUAAUGGAUUCUUUUACUGAGCGUAUUUUGGAAAGAGCCAGGGAAAGGCAAAAGAAGUUGAAGCAGCAAGGUGUUAUUGAUGAUAAACAGUUAGAUUUAAAAGAAAAUCAGCCUAGCCUAGUAGUUAGUAAUGCUGACAAAAUUGAAACACUUUCCAAUAACUCAAAUCAAUACAAUGAUCGAAAAGAAAGCGAUAUUUAUGAGUCGCCACGCCAAAAUUCUCUUACAAAAUUUUCAUCUGACCUCCCAGGAUCCCCACAAGCACAAUUAAAAACUUUAAACAUUCAAAAAGAAAAUUUUAAUAUGGAAAUUAAGUUAAGCUCAACUGAUAACAUUAGAGUGGAAGUAGAGAUUGAAGAGCGUAAUGAUAAUGAUGAAGUGUUCAAAAAUGCAGAAAAUAUAACUGUUAUAGAAAAUAAAGCUUCUGAUGAGAUCCCACCAUUACGAGAAGAUACAAAAAAGAGAUUACAGAGGCUAGGAAAAUUAUUCUCAGGUGGAGAUGAGUCAGACAUUUCUUCUCCAAUCCACAGAACAGAAGAAAAAUUUCUUGCAGAAGAUACUGGUCAUAAUGAUGAUAAAGAAAACAAUCAAGUUAAAUCAACAAGAAGAGGUUUAGGAAAGUUAGCAGCCUUAGCAAACAACAUUAAUCAAUGGGAAGAUGAUAUAACGCCACACAAGAAAGUAUCUGAAAAAUGUGUUAGUCCUAAGAAAAAGCCAGCUAUUUCAAUGCAAAACACUUCCAAAUCAGGAAAUAUUCCUGUUGGUGACUGUCCAAAACCAAAAGUUGUAACAAAUUAUGGUUCUAAGGAUGAAUCUGUCAAAGAAACCCCCAAAACAGUGCAAUGGGAUCAAAAAGUAUUGAAAACAUUGGAAUCCCAAGGAUUUACCAGGACGCAAUCCAAUUCUAAAUUGGUUUAUAAUUACCGUGAAACCCAGGAAAGAAACAAAAAUGAUAAUCAAUCAAAAAUAAAAUGCAUAUCAAACAAUAUAAUUGAACCAGAAAAAGUUGAAAAUGAAAUGACUCCGAGGUCACCUAAAAAAACCGUCACUACCAAAAGUGCAGUUGUAGCAAACAAAGCGGCGUUAUUCGAAUUAAGUCCAAAGAACACAAAAGAUCCUGCAUUACUUAGUGUAUCAGAACGAAAGGCCCUAUUUGAAAAAAAUAAAGGGGCUGCCCCUCUACCUAAAAUACCUGGAAUGCCAAUUAAAAUGCUAAAAGCCAAUCCCAACAUGCAAAGCAACAAACCUAAUUCUAUGUCUGACAUAAAUAAAGUCGGUGAGUCGGUCAACAAUUAUCAAUUAAAAAAAGUUAAUGAAAUCGUCAACAAUCCUUCGCUUAACAAAGAAGAAAAAGAAAAUACGCAAAGUAUGUCAGCAUCUCCCAAAAAAGCGGAAGGAAUUGCAAAAACAAUGGCCGCUUUAUUGGAAAAUAAAACGACCAUCAGUCAACAACAAAUUGAGAGUAGUAUAAAAGAACAAAGACAAAAGGAAAUGGAUUUACUUUUAAACCGGUUUCAGCAAACUAAAAAAGUAAUACAAGAAAAUGAAACGAUUAUUGAAACAAUGACUGAUUCCGACGAUAACGACGACGAAGAAAUUACCGAAAAAACAGCUAUGAUAAAAGAACAAAAGAAAUCUGAAAUUGUAAAGAGACCUACUAUCACACCACCACCACCUCCUCCUCUUUCAGAAAGCCCGAGAACAAAAAGUCCUAACAAACGAAUAAGUAACAGUCCAAAGGUGGCAGCCGUAUUGGAAGAUGUGAAACGGAUAAAAGUGGUGCCACCGAAAGAGGGCCGACUCUAUCCCUGCUUGUCAGAUAUUGAAGCGGCCACCGAGACUGAAACUGAGCCCCAAACAGCCUCACCGACACCAAACAACAGGUGCGAUACAUUUAUUGACUGGUGCUUAUUUUUGUUUUGUCUGGCCUAAUUAAUUUAUCUAACUAAUAAAGCAAAUCAUUAACAUUUUAACAUGUUGAAUUAUCGCAAGAAAACGCUAUCAACUACUAUCGGAACAGUUAACAAAACUUGAAAAUGACGGUUACAAAUAAACAUUAUUUCUUUUUUUCACGUUUUUAUAUUCCGAAAUAGUAUUAAGAAUAUUUG